CAGGCCUCCCCCUUGUGCCCCGCCUCCCGCGGAGCCAGACUCCAUUUCCUGCGAGUAGUCUAUGUCAAUCGCGAAUAGUCUACGUCCAUCGUGACAUCGCCGGUGGGGUUCCGGACGACACGCCUCGGCUAGGUGACAUGGAAUCCUUGCUUUUGGGCCCUGCUCUGUCCACAUCCUCCACCGGUUCCUUGUUGCAUAUUCUUAGUGAGCAGUUGUCAACCCCUCUUACGCCCAACAAGAAGGACGAGGGGAGGGGAAGAAGCCUGCAAGCGGAGUGAGAGAAAGAGAGAGAGAGAGAGAGAGAAAGAGGGAAAAGGGAGACAGAGAGAGACAUAGAGAGAAUAUCUCUCCCCUUUUCUACUUCUUCUCCUCUCCCUGCGCUUUCUUCACCCGAUCUUUUUUUGUACAAGCCAAGUUCUCAAGUACAAGCAUCCGACCCUGACCUCUCCUUCCCACAUCACGUCCUGUCCGCAACGUAACUUCCCGCUCCCCCUUCGACCAGCCAAACAUCCAGAACCACAUUACCCAUACCCCAUCAUGGCCACGAACGGUACGUCCAAGCUGGACUGGACCAAGUUCUACAAUGUCAUCGACGGCAAGCUCGAGACGACCAGCAAGACCAGAUACAGCGUGAACCCGUCGACCCUCGAGGCCAACCCCGAGGUCCCCGUCUCCACCCCGGAGGAUGUCGACAGAGCCGUGCAGGCGGCGAAGAAGGCCCAGGAAGCCUGGGCCGAGACCCCGUACGAGGAGCGCCAGAAGGCCCUCGCGAGAUUCGGCGAGGCCAUCGAGGCGCACGCCGAGGAGUUUGCGCUGAUGCUCACCAAGGAGCAGGGCAAGGCCCUCCAAUUCUCACAGUUCGAGGUCGCCGAGGCCACCAAGCACUUCAAGGGAAUGUCCAACCUGUCCUUCCCCGAAGAGGUCGUGGACAACAACCCUGACCGCCGGGUCAUCACGAGAUACACGCCUUUGGGUGUCGCCGUCGGCAUUGUCCCUUGGAACUUCCCCGUCCUUCUCGCCUGCGGCAAGAUUGGCCCCGGCCUGGUUACUGGAAAUGCCUUCAUUCUCAAGCCCUCCCCCUUCACUCCUUACUGCGACCUGAAGCUCGCCGAGCUCGCUCAGCAGUUCUUCCCCCCCGGCGUCUUCCAGGCCCUCAGCGGCGACGACAACCUCGGGCCCUGGUUGACCUCCCACCCGGGCGUCGACAAGGUCAGCUUCACCGGCUCGACCGCGACCGGAAAGCGCGUCAUGGAGAGCUGCAGCAAGACCCUCAAGCGUGUCACCCUGGAGCUGGGUGGAAACGAUGCGGCCAUUGUGCUCCCGGACGUUGAUGUCAAGGCUAUUGCGCCCAAGAUUGCCAUGCUCGCCUUGUACAACUCUGGACAGGUCUGCGUCGCCAUCAAGCGCAUCUACAUCCACGAAGCCAUCUACGACGAGCUCGUCGCCGAGAUCGCCAACUUCGUCAAGAACCUGCCCAUCGGAGACGGCCAGCAGGAAGGCAGCGUCCUGGGCCCCGUCCAGAACCAGAUGCAGUUCGACCGCGUCAAGGAGCUGCUCAAGGACAUUGACGAGCAGAAGCUCAAGGUCGUCGCUGGGUCUACGGCAUCCGCCUCCUCUCACGGCAAGGGCUACUUCAUCACGCCCACCAUCGUCGACAACCCGCCCGACGACUCGAGGAUCGUCGUCGAGGAGCCCUUUGGCCCCGUCUUCCCCGUCCUCAAGUGGAGCGACGAAAAGGACGUCAUCCGCCGCGCCAACGACACCCUCAUGGGCCUCGGCGCCUCGGUCUGGUCCAAGGACCUCGACAAGGCUCAGAGCAUCGCCAAGAAGCUCAAGGCCGGCAAUAUCUGGAUCAACACCCACCUGGAGCUGCAGUACGACGCGCCCUUUGGCGGCCACAAGCAGAGCGGUAUCGGCUACGAGUACGGCGCUGGCGGCCUGAAGGCGUACUGCAACGUGCAGUCUCUGUAUGUCACCAAGGCAUGAACUGAGAGGAGGGGGGGAGGGGGAAGGGAAUCCGAUUGACUGCCUGCGUUUUACGCGAUCAUGAUGUAAUAAAUAAAGCAAUACAACACACAC